UUCUAGAUAAACCAUAAAGUAAUGUUACCAUCUACAUAAACCUAAAAAGGAAGUUGAACCAGUUUCUGUAAUCCAGAUAUAUUAAAGAUAUUGAGGAUGUUCGUAGCAGUUCUAGUUCUCAUCCUUAGUCUUAAUCUAUCCAAAGCAAGUCCAGGGCCCUCCAGGUCUGAGAAGGUUGGUCCAGGGUCCUUUAGGUUGGAUAAAGUGGGUCCAGGGUUUCUAGAUAGAUUGUCUAGACAGCUGAAAGAAUCAGAUAACAGUUUGUCGGUUGAGUUGGUCGGCGCGCUACAGUCCUGGGCUACUUCGUUAGAGUCAGGAUCUGGAAAACUGUUAGAAGAGAUUGAAGCAUUAAAAGCCUCCAAUGACGAACUCAAAGCUUCCUUUGACCAACUGGAAGCUGAAGUAUCUGAGAUGAGACAAGUAAACCUGAAUCUGAAGAAUGAUGUUUCGGCAGCAAAUGACAGAACUUUGAACCUGAAGGAUAACUAUAUGAAGGCUAGGGAGGAAAUUAACAAUAUUGAGACAAACAUAAACAAACGGGUUGAUGAACAGGCUGUUCAACUGAACAUACUAAUUUCUGAACAAGGGAAGGAUCUGAGUAAGAAAUUGGAUGAACAGGCCGAAGUUUUGAACAUUCAGAUUCUUGAUGGGAAUACUUAUAAGAGACUUCAAGCCGAAUUUCAAGCCGAAGUACAGAGAAAUAAUACAGGAAUUGAAGUUAGAAUUUCUGAGCUUUUAGCAAACAAGAUGAUAACUGCCGAACAUUUGAUUCAGUUGAACAACAGUGUAGCAAUUCAGAAUAGUUCCCUAAAUAUUCUGCAGCAAAGAGAGAAGGGUCUUUCCCUUGGGUUUCAGCAAGUAGAGGAAUCUAUUCUGGACCUACAGAUUUUGCUUGAUAAACAAGUGAAAUCUGUUUCUGAAAGAUUGGAGGGGGUUGAUCAAACCCUUGUUUUCAUCAACUCAAGCCUUGUCAGUGAAGACAGAUUUGCAGAGAAGGUAUUAGAACUUGAAACUAAGCUUGAAACAGUAACUUCUACUACUACAGCUCUGACUGCAAAUGAAGAAAAACUUACUAAUGGCCAUCAGCUUCUCUCUGAUAGCUACCAGGAGAUAGUACGAAGCCAUCAGAAGCUGGCUACCAGCUUUGAAAAGCUAGAGAGCAGCCAAGAUAACCUAAAGAAUAACCAAGCUGAGUUAGCAAGAAGCCAAGAAAAGAUAGCCAGUGGCGGUCAAGAAUUGUUAAUCAGCCAACAAAAACUUUCCAUCAGCUUCACAGAUCUAGAAGCCAGUUAUAAGACAUUAGAAGAAAGCGUUCAGAAGCUAGAAACCAGCUACACAAACCUAGUAGAAAGUCAUGAUGGAUUGUCUAACAGCAACAAGGAAAUGCUGAUUAAUCAUCAGAAGCUGCUUUAUAAACACGAGGAGCUGUCCAAGAGCCAUAAAGAACUACUCAACAGAAACGAUGAUCUUGCUUCAAGUAACCGUGAGCUGGUCAGUAGGAAUCAGUUGCUUCAGACAACAGACUUGAAGGCAGCAAGUAACAUGGAUUUGUACUCAAACAUCACAUCCAACCUGGAUUUAGUCAGCAGCAAGCUUGAGAGUUCUUUAACUAGCACCAGAAACACAUUGGCUCAGAUGAUUACUAGAAUAGAUAAACUUGAAACUAAAAAGCCAGAGGUCGAUGUCUCUGGGCAGGUCAGCGUACUGAAGACAAAUGUCAUAGGACUUGGAAACUAUAUAAAUUCAGUUAACAGAGAGCUUGGAGAACUAUCCAACAGUGUUCGUUCCACUGAUCUCAUUCUCAGUAUGAAAACUGAUCAAAUGAAUGAAACUAUCUGGAGGAUUGAAUCUAAUCUUGAAGACCUCCAGCGUAGUGGUUUAGCUGGAGGAUCAGGAUCAGAUGCAGAGUCUAGUAAUCCAACCCUGAGAGCUGAUCUGAAAGACCUUAGAAAUAACUUUGAUACCUUCAAGACCACAGUCAAUAAAGAAGUUGAAGCUGUCAAAACUGGAUUUUCAGUAAUCAACAACAACUUGGAUGUUCUGUCAACAGGUCUGCAGGACCUUACAACCGUCAGCCAGCUUUCAGAAAGUAGAAGCAGUCGGGCACUAGAGGAGCUGUCUUCACUCAAAAGUAGUGUUCUAGCUUUACAGGAGCUUCAGGAAAUGGACAGUCAGAGUAAGGAGGAUAUUGAUGCUAUUAAAAAUAGUUUAUCAGAAAUUCAGGCGAAGGAUGAUGACAAUAGAUUAGUUUUGGUAGAGAAGAAUGUUUCUGAUUUGUUAGUUAAUAUGACUCUAAUCUCAGCAGUUGCCACCUCUUCACAUAGUGACUUGGAGACUUUAAUGCCUGGUUUUGGUCUAAUAGAAGAGGAUAUAUCUAAUAUAAGGAAUGGAAUAACCCAGCUGAGCAAAGCAUUAGAAUCAGCAUCUGACCCAGCUCGAUUUUCCUGUGGCGUAACCGGGGAGGAGAUCAAAGUGUCUGGUGUGGUUGUUUACGACGAGUGUUUUGUCAACUCCAAAAACAUGAUGAAUAAGGAGACUGGUCACGUAACAGUUCCUGAAACUGGUGACUAUCUGCUUUCUUUUUCUGCCAACAUGGUGUCAGUCAACUCCCAGGCUAUCUGGUGUGCACUCUAUAAACAAUCACCUGGAGAGGAGGGUUGGCAGGUGCUUGGAAUGAUCAACAACUACCAACAGGAUGCAGGGGAAGAGGAUGAUCGAGACUCAGGGUCUCUGUCUAUUCUAUCACCCCUGAGCAAGGGAGAUCAGGUUUGGGUUGAGUGGAGAGGAUAUGGAGAUUCAUUCCUCUACAGUAAUCCAUACAAACUCAUAUCAUUCUCAGGGUUCCGAGUUUCAGGAGGAUUAUAAUUAAAAUUUAUUCAACAAGCUCAAUCUCCUUUCUUAGAAAACAGGGUUAUCCUUACACAUACGGUGGACAAACUACAGGGUGUCCCACGAAACAUUACAGUUGAGAGACGACUUGGACGGACAAAAUAACCAGACAACCUUCUGGAAAUGCAUGGGCAACGACAUUUUUCAAUACUGUUUUAAAUAGGUUAAAAGAUGAUAAAAAAUAAAAAAAGGUCAAAGACGAUCUUCAAGCCAUCUGUUUACUGGACACCCUGUUGUCCUAUUUUAUCCAAACGAUCCAAAGAAUUGCAUUUCCUUAUUACUUUAAAAAACAUGUGUUUGAUAUAAGAAAUUAUCUAUCUGCCUCAAAAAUGUGGUCUUCCAAAAUGGUUAAAAGUUGUAUUUAGAUUUAGUGUGGUUUUGGUAAAUGUAGCCUUUAAUCCAGGGGCAAAAGUUUCAAACCAUGCUUUAGUUCGAAACCUCAAAUCAUGGUUUGGAACUUUCUUUCCCUGAAGUCAAAAAUCGAAAGUUUUAGAAUUUUCAUUUUAUUUUGGAAAUUCUGUUAAAUUCCGCAAAGCAAAAUUAUCUAGAACAGUGAAAUAUUCUGUUUUAAAAUUAAUGUACAUUUCUGAACUGUUUACAGCAUGCAUGAAUUAAACCAAAGAAUAUUGAAUAUAAACCAAAGUUUAUUGUUACUGAAAAUUUAAACUUG